ACCACACCACUCCAAGGACCGUGAGGAAAAUACCAGCACAAUGGCGUCCUCCAGCACCGACAAGUCCGCCAACCCCAUGCGCGAGCUCCGCAUCGCAAAGCUCGUCCUCAACAUCUCCGUCGGCGAGUCUGGUGACAGACUGACCCGUGCCGCCAAGGUGCUCGAGCAGCUGAGCGGUCAGACACCCGUCUACAGCAAGGCCCGCUACACCGUCCGCACAUUCGGUAUCCGCCGUAAUGAGAAGAUCGCCGUCCACGUCACCGUCCGCGGCCCCAAGGCGGAGGAGAUUCUCGAGCGUGGCCUCAAGGUCAAGGAGUACGAGCUCCGCAAGCGCAACUUCUCCGAGACUGGCAACUUCGGCUUCGGUAUCUCUGAGCACAUCGAUCUCGGCAUCAAGUACGACCCGGGUAUUGGUAUUUACGGAAUGGACUUCUACUGCUGCAUGACCCGCCCAGGUGCUCGCGUCACCAAGCGCCGUCGGGCACAAGCCAAGAUUGGUGCCUCCCACCGCAUCAACCAGCAAGAAACCGUCAAGUGGUACAAGAACCGAUUCGAGGGCAUCGUGAGGUAAACUCGGUCACGAAAGUGAUGAAAAGUCGAAUUCUUCUGCCUGGGAAAAUGGGAACAGUCGAGCGAGCGGAGCAUGGAUGGAUGUGGAAUUGAGUAGCGAAAGAGCAUGGCCGUGGUGGAUGUUCAGAUAGCGACACAUACACGGCCUAUCGGAGCUUUCUUGACGCAGGAGCAAGAUCAAUCCACAAUGGAGGCUUCACC